CACUGCCCCUCUCUCUCUCUCUCUCUAUCGGCUACACGACAAUAUCAGGAAUUCAGGAUCAAGAGAACCUGCUCUUCCAUUACUCUAUACUAAUCUAUACAUACGAUAAUAUCAGUUAUAUAUAAUACCCCCACAAACAAAGUACUAAAUGUAAUUUACUAUAUAUUAGUACCAUAUUGAAACACGAUUAUUUUUUCAACAUUUACAAAUCCAAGGUUGUACUUAUGUUUGUUCACCCUCUCCUCAACUCAAAUUCUUUCCUACCCAUAAACCACCCAUUUUCAAAUCUUCAAUUACCUCAUCUUUUGUUGAAAAUUUUCUCUUAAAUAUAUUUAUGUAAUGUUAAUAGAACUUGCAUAAGCCCUCUGGAUCCACCAUUGUAAUUGUUACCUAAGGCUAUUUUCGUAAUAUCUAGAGAUGAAAUGCUUUUAUUUUACAAAGGAUAAUGAAGAAGGAAGAACAACGUUAAAUUCAAAAGUAUCAUGGGUUCGUUCGUUAAGUGUAGCCUCAAGCAGUUUUGAUAUUACACGGAAAUCGAGGUCGGAGUUGGUCUCAGAAUCUAAGGAUUUUAGUGAGUCGUUUGAGUUUUACGAGUUUUUAACUCAAAGGAGAGGUAAUGAUUUAAGAGUGUUUAGUUUUUAUGAACUGAAAAUUGCGACAAAGGGGUUUAGUAGAGGUUUGUUGAUUGGUGAAGGUGGAUUUGGAUGUGUUUAUAGAGGUGUUGUUGUUAUUGGUUCGAAUUCGAAAAUGGAAGUUGCUGUUAAGAGAUUGAAUCGUCAUGGAUUCCAGGGGCAUAAGGAGUGGAUUAAUGAAGUAAACUUUUUAGGUGUAGUGAAGCACCCGAAUUUAGUGAAGUUAAUCGGGUACUGUGCAGAAGAUGAUGAAAGAGGGAUGCAACGCCUUUUGGUCUAUGAACUAAUGCGUAACAAAAGCUUGGAGGAUCAUCUGUUGGCCCGAUCAGAAACCCCUCUUUCCUGGACUUUGAGAUUAAAAAUUUCCCAGGAUGCUGCUCGUGGACUAGCCUAUCUGCACGAAGAAAUGGAUUUUCAGUUGAUAUUUAGAGACUUCAAACCAUCAAACAUUCUUCUGGAUGAAGACUUUAAUGCAAAACUCUCAGACUUUGGAAUGGCGAGGCAAGGACCAGCUGCAGGACUAAGCCAUGUCUCAACAUCAGUAGUAGGUACGGUAGGCUAUGCAGCUCCCGAAUAUGUCCAGACUGGAAGACUCACCGCUAAAAGUGAUGUUUGGAGCUUUGGGGUUGUUCUCUAUGAGCUCAUCACAGGAAGGAGAGUGUUAGAACGGAAUCUUCCUCGAGCUGAGCAAAAACUAUUAGAAUGGGUGAGACCUUACGUUUCAGAUUCAAAGAAAUUUCAUUUUAUUCUCGACCCUCGACUUGAAGGGCAUGGUUGUGUCAAGUCAGCUCAGCGACUUGCAUCACUAGCCAACAAAUGCCUCUCAAAGAACCCAAAAUCUCGCCCUAAAAUGAGUGAAAUUGUUGAUAUGCUUGAGAAUGUCAUAACUGAUGCGGUGCCUGAAACUCCGAAAGAAGCAGAAGAUGUAAAUGAAGAAUCUGCAAAAGAAGAAGUCAACACAAAGGAAGAAGGACAAGAGGAAGUUGAAUCAGGAAAACUGGAAAGCAAUAGCCAAAAGUGGGGUUUUGACUUCAAAGAAAUGGUCAGCUUUAGGAAUAAGUCGAUCAGUAAGUUAGAUUGGCGGAAUUGGACAACAGCUUUAGUCAAAACAUCGUAAUAUACUCUGGGUAAUGGAUCAUUUUUGUUUUCUAGAAUGGAGAUAUCGGCAGCUUUGCCUAUAUAUUUCCCGCAAAGUGGUGUAAAUUUAGUAGGAACAUCUUGUCUUGUUAGUUCACAAUUGGAAUGUAUUUUCCACUUGUUUGUUUGUAUAGAGAACAAUCCUUUCUUUCUUAAAAUUCCUCUACUCCAUAUAGAGGUAACUUAUUAGAUCAGCAAAUCCAGUCUCACCAGGUUACUGCAAUGGUUGAGAGCUAAUUAGAGGGCAAUAUGUUAUAUGAUCUUAGUUUUGCUAGAUUGUGUUCAAUGCCCAAAUUAAUGAAAGAGGCUUUUUCUCUUUUU